CAUCAUCUUCAUCAUCAUCGCCGCAAAACAGUUGGAAAUGAUGAAAACAAAACAGGUUAACAAAUCUAACGACCUAGGGCCAAUUCCAAACUUCAGUAUUGGACUUACACCAUCAGAGCAGGAGCAAGCAUCUGAUGACGAUAAUGGAAAAAAGAAUGGUAAAAAGAUGGAAAAGAAGCCGGAUCAGAUAAACCGUGGGAAAAGGAAACAACAAUCUGAUGAAGGAAGUUUAGAUGACAAAAAUGCAAAGAAGAGUGGUAAAAAGAUGAAAAAGAAGCCGGAUCAGAAAAAACAACAAUCUCCUGGAGAAGAAUCUGAUGAAAAGAAGAGUAUUUUUGUUAACAAAUCUGAUGAAGCAAGUUCUGAUGACGAAAAUGGAAAGAAAAACUUGGAUGUCGAUCAAAUGAUUAAAAAUAAGUAA